UCACACGGAGUGGCGAGGGCCGGGGAUAAAGCGGGAGGGCGGGCGCGGGGCGCAGCGGCGGGACCCGAGCGGAAGGUGAGUGCGCUCUGCCGUCGCCCGGCGCGCAACUUCGAGGGCGCACUGGGACAGGCGGCAUGCCGACCAUGGACAAACGGAACCUGCUGGAGAGCACGAGAAGAACCCGGUCGUACUUAGGGUCUCUGUGGAAGAGUGAGACUGUUUGGACCCCUCCUGUGGACCUGCCCACUGUUGAGCUGGCUAUCCAGAGCAACCAUUGUUGCCAUGCCCAGAGGGAUUCUGGUAGCCACUCUGACCCCAAGAAGCAGAAGGCCCGGCGCAAGCUCUAUGUGGCCUCUGCCAUCUGCCUGGUGUUCAUGAUUGGAGAAAUCAUUGGCGGGUACCUGGCACACAGCCUGGCCAUCAUGACCGACGCAGCCCAUUUGCUCACCGAUUUUGCCAGCAUGCUCAUUAGCCUCUUCUCCCUAUGGAUGUCUUCCCGACCGGCCACCAAGACCAUGAACUUCGGCUGGCAACGAGCUGAGAUCCUCGGAGCCUUGGUGUCUGUGCUGUCCAUCUGGGUGGUGACUGGGGUGCUGGUGUACCUGGCUGUGCAGCGCUUGAUUUCUGGAGAUUAUGAGAUCAAAGGGGCCACCAUGUUGAUCACGUCAGGCUGCGCUGUGGCUGUGAACAUCAUAAUGGGCCUGGCUCUUCACCAGUCUGGACAUGGGCACAGCCACGGACGUGGGCAAAGCCAUGGUAACCAAAGCCAUGAAGACAGUCAACGGCAGGAGGAGAACCCCAGUGUCCGAGCAGCCUUUAUCCAUGUGAUUGGGGACCUUCUGCAGAGUUUGGGUGUCUUGGUGGCUGCCUACAUUAUAUACUUCAAGCCUGAGUACAAGUACGUGGACCCCAUCUGCACCUUCCUGUUCUCCAUCCUGGUCUUGGGGACAACGUUAACCAUCCUGAGAGAUGUGCUCUUGGUGCUCAUGGAAGGGACUCCCAAAGGUGUGGACUUCACGGCUGUGAAGAACCUUCUGCUGUCCGUGGACGGGGUGGAAGCCUUGCACAGUCUGCAUAUCUGGGCGCUGACCGUGGCCCAGCCAGUGCUCUCGGUCCACAUAGCUAUCGCUCAGAAUGCUGACGCCCAAGCUGUGCUGAAGGUGGCGAGGGACCGCCUCCAGGGCAAGUUCAACUUCCACAUGACAACCAUCCAGAUUGAGAGCUACUCUGAGGAGAUGAAGGACUGCCAGGAAUGCCAGGGCCCCUCAGACUGACUGACGGGCCAGACACCACGGGAGGCACGGCCAGGACCUGUGGGUGGCGCAUCAAGUGUCCAACCAGGACUCCAGGUUCAAGACACAUCCUGGUCCACGCCCGUGGGCCUCUCCUUGGCCUCCUAUGAGCCCACCGGGUGGGGAUGAGGCCAUGCUUCUCCUCCAGGGCUGUGUUUGGGCUGGAUUCUCAGCUGAUGUCAUCCUAACAUCGCAGCUGGAGAGGCACUGAGGCACAGAAGGGGACUCUGGCGUGUCCCCUUCUAUCCAGGGUCUUUGUGUCUAGAACAAAAAAAUGGAACAAGACACACGUUACUGGAAAGUCGGGCUUCCUUUUGCAGGGUCAGUCUCAUUGAUAAAAGAAUUUUGAAACGGACUCAGAA